AUGGAAGAGGGCAGUGAGGAACUCUUCCUUGAUGACGUCCACAGUGACGGAACCUCUUCCUGUGACCUCCCUGCAGCGCAGCCAAAAGAAGAACAGGUGGAGGAGUUGGAAGAAGAAGAAGAAGAAGGGUCUGCAAGUGUUCCGUACUUGGCGCCGCCUCGGCUAGUGGCGUUUGGCGCAGUGACUUCUUCUCAUCAUACCUCUGCCCGCAAAGACGAAAUUGACGUCACAGCAGAAGCUGUGGAAGACUGCCCUGCCGCUCACUAUGGCACACAAAAACCCGAUACAAGGCAAUCGGAUGUUGUGCUGGAAGCAGAAGCAGAAGAAGAUAAGAGCAUACUGCAGGUAAAGCUUGAGUCUCUUUUUGACGAACCUUCAACCGCUACUUCUGCAGCUUCUUCUUCGCAGACAAUCCCGGUAUGCAACUAUCUUCUGCGAAACUACCUAGGUGUCGGCUCUGGCCAGUUCCGUCAAGGCCAACAGGAGGUGGUGUUGUCAAUACUGCAGGGACGCAACACGCUGGCUGUGUUCCCCACAGGAUGGGGCAAAACGCUUUGUUUCCAGUUUCCUAUUCUCGUUCAUCGCCUGCUCUUCGAAGCCAAGUUCAGGGCCUGGCAGGAAGUACAACGCUCAAGCAAAUCAGGGGCCCAGCGCGAACCCCCAGGAGCCCUAUUUGCCGUUGUUGUGUCUCCACUGCUUUCCCUUAUGGCCGAUCAAGCUGUUAAAAUAGCCAGUGGCGGAAGCCUAAGAACGGCCGUACUCUCCUCCGGUACAUCGUCUUCGCGGGAGAAGACGAUUUUGGACGACUUGGCCUCCCCGAUGUGCUCCAUUGAUCUGUUGUUUGUGUCACCCGAACGGCUUGUCCGUCACAGUAAACUGCGAGGUGUGUUGGAGCAACAUGUGCGUCGAAUCGCAUUCAUUUGCGUGGAUGAAGUACACUGCGUGUCCCAAUGGGCAUACGACUUCCGUCCCUCCUUCAUGUACGUGCACCGCGUAUUAGACCGCCUCGGUAACGGUGGAGGGACAAAUUCGCCCCCGUUUUUGUGUCUCACGGCGACGGCGGCACCAUCGGUUGUUGACGACCUCAAAGUUCUGUUUCGCAUCGAGCGAACUGUUACGGUGCCGUACCGUCGUGAGAAUCUCCAAUUAGAGUCGGUUUUUUUGCUGGAGUCUGAGCCGCAAAGACCUCCCACGCAACGCGCUCUGCAGGAGAAACUCCUGCAUGCCGUGCUAGAACUACCAAAGCCAAUGCUCGUGUACGUCCAGACACGUGUGGAUGCAGAUGAAUUGGCAACGUUUCUUGCCUCCAAGCUUGGCACCGUGCAGAGUGUCAAGAAGGGAAACGGUGGGAAUGGCGCGUCUUCCUCCAUCUUUACAAGUGCCACACAUGAGAAAAUGAUAAGUAAGGGAGGUUUACAAAGCGAGGAGGGUAAAGAACGCAUCAUCAUUCGAAGUUACCACGCCGGCCUUGACCAGCACGUACGGACAAAGACACAACAGCAGUUUAUGCAGCGACAUAUCGAUGUGCUUAUCGCCACCGUCGCCUUUGGGAUGGGCAUUGAUAAGGCUGACAUCCGCUCCGUGGUUCACGCCUCGGCGCCGGGCUCGCUUGAAAGUUACGUGCAAGAAACCGGUCGUGCAGGGCGUGAUGGUCAGAACUCGUUCUGUCGUCUUCUGUACAACCCGUUUGAUUAUUACACGCUUCGUUCCCGCAUUCUCGCGUCCUGCCUCUCCCCGUUAGAGAUGCAGGCCAUCGUGCAUCGUAUUCUUAGCAGUCCCAUCACUCAAGUUGGGGAGAAGCUCACGAUGAUUUCCGUCUCGAAAAUUUCAGAGGAACUUGUUAUGAGUGAAGAGACGGUGGAAACUGUCCUUUUUAUGAUUAUUUCCCAGGAACAUGGGGUGUUGCACGAGUUGCAUGGGACGGCACCGAUGGGGUACCGUGUGAAUCACGCCGCUGCAGAGGUGGUUGUCAGCGCUGACCAGGCAGCAAAGCGAAAGCGGGGGCGCGAGGCAACGGGACCGUCAGGCGUCAGCGGCGUCUUGGCGCAGCUCGAGGUCCUGGACGGAGUCUUCGAGUUGUGCCGGCAGGGUAAAAGAAUUGAAAACGUUGUGACCGCGGCGAAUGCGUUAAAGUUGUCGUUGCGUGAUUUUCAGUUUAGGCUCAAUGAUCUUAUCGCGGGGGGCUUUGUCUCGGUUCAGCGGCUUACGCCGGCUUAUAUCGUCUCGCUUGGAGACAAAUUUUCUGAGGCGGCCGCGCCUGUCGGGCAGAAGGCGAUGGCGGAAAGACUCUGGCAAACCCACCACAAGCGACUUGAAUCCAUGCAGAGAGCGCUUGAGGUGACCUUCUCCGUCUUGCGGAACCCGACGCAUGCGUCCGUGUGCAAAGGUCUGGAGUGGGACGUACGGCAAACCCCCGAUGCGCGGCACUUCGCACUGGCGUGGCAACCCCCACCGAGGAGCCUCACCAAAGUGGAGGCCGUCUCCAUUGCGAAUGAUUUUGUUGAGAAAAAUCGUCCCCGCAUUCGCUCUGUGUAUGAGGCGACCCGGGCACUCCUUGGCGUCCUUCCCAAGCCACUGACGAGUCACGGGAAGCACGCCGGUGAAAUUCCGCUUGGCACGAGCUGGUACGUGGGCUCGCCAUACUUUGGCCUGUUGAAGGAGUUUGAUCUGCAGUGGCUGCUGAAGGUGCUCGCCCCGCACAGACUGGACGAGGAGGGGUCAAUGGAGAUGGCCAGUCGAAUACCGACUGUGACACAAUAA